AUGGAUCUCCGUAGCUUGAAACGCAGAGAGUUGCAGGCGCUAUGCAAGAAGCACAAAAUCCCUGCAAAUUUAUCGAACUUGGAGAUGGUGAAAAGGCUUGCGGAUUUUUUCGAGGAAAAGGGACAAGUGAAUGAGCAGGAAGAAAAUGUGAGUGAAAUCGAGUCUAUCGAUGUGGUUAGGGACAGAGUAGUGAAGAAGGUAAGGUUUAGUCCGGAGCACGAACUGAUUGAGUUCACGAGGUCUCAUGGAAUGAAACAAAGACAUAGAAGGAGUUUUGUUUCAGUUAAAGAAAGUGCUUCAUCUGUUGAACACGGUGAUAUUGGGCAUAUGGGCAGCCAAUGCGUGAAUGGAAACGGUAGAGUUACACGCUCCAGAGGGUCGACAUUGUUGGAGGGACAACAAGUGAACGAGAAGAAGAGAGGGAGGAAAGGCGUAAAAUGUAAUGAACAGAUAAAUAACGGUUCGGUUGUAGAAAGUGUUAAUGAGGAUAAGUUGGGAGAGGGUAAUGCUGAGAGCUCAAGAAGGGUUCUGAGGACGAGACGGCAUAAAUUAGCCGAGGACGUGGAGAAUGCACAGAAAGUAGGAAAGCCAAAAAAUAAAAUGGGAAAUGGUAAAGCUCUCGAUGAUGCCAGUGAUGAAAAAUCAGUCAAGGAAAAUGUGGAGGGCCCUGGUAGACUUGCUAGGUCUAAAAGGCAGAAAUUGUCAGGGGCUUCUGGAAAGAAUACUGUGAUAGUCGAAAGUGUUGCGGAAACUAUUGGGAAUAGUGUGCUUCUAGACAGUGCUGAACUUGAUGAUGACAAAGUGCUUACAAGAUGUUUUUCCAGGAAAAGAGGGGUUAUGGCGGGUUGUGAGGAUAUGAAAACUGAUGGGAAAAAUGGGGAUGAAAUCCUGGAGAACAGGAAAAUGUCAGAAGCGCAGAAUAUGAUUGAGCCUCAAAUUUUGUUGAGGAGAUCUAGGAGGAAUGUGGAUAAAGUUGGUGCCAGUGUAGGUGAAAUUCGUAUGGCAGAACCCAUUAAACCAGAAGUUCGAAGAAGUAAGAGGAGAGAAUCUGUGAUUCCACCGCAUGAAAAUGCAAGAAACAGUGAGCUUACAGUAGAAACCAAGAAAACAAAGCAGCCGAGAAGUUCAGCACCACAAUUAGUAAUUGCUGGCAGGGUUUCAAAAAAUGAAAAGGAGGUGCCCCAGCCUUCUGAAGUUAUGAGGAGGUCAAGGCGUAAAGUAGUUGAGACUUGUGAAACAGAAAAUCACUUAACUGAAGAGUAUCCAGUGGAGAAUGGAAGUUCUUCGGUUGAGAAGAAUAUGGGAAGGUCAAGAAGGAUAGCCUCUAUCAGUAAUUCGGUGGGAAUUAAAGAUGACACAAGCAAAGGCCCUGUUAUUCCACAAAAGAAUGAAGCGAGAAAGCGCAAAAAAGGGCCUAGCUUGGAAGCAGGUGCUGUGAAGACCACUAAACCGAGGUCUCGUAAAUUGCCUGUGAAAGAAAGUAGAAACGAGAAAACUGUCUCUAUUUUGGAAAAUCAGCUGUGUUCGCCUGAUGGAGCGGAUAGUAUGAGGGACUCAAGCUCAAGGGGUGAAAUGAUAAACACAAACAUGACUAGCCAUGUGAGUCAGAUGUCGGGCAGAAGUACUCGCAUAGAGAAAUCUUCUGCAGGAAGUGCUAAAAAUUCCCAUGUGGAAAUUAGUGAUGGGAAUAAGUCCGCAAACUCCAAAGAUUCUGGAAAACAAACUUCUGCAAGCAAUAUUAAGGAUAAUGCAGAAAAGUUUGAUUCUUUGGAGUGUGAUGUCAUAAUUGAAAAAACUGCCACAAGCAUGGAAAGGUAUCAAUCUGAAGCUCAGUUGUCCGGCCAAAUCAAGGGUUCCAGCUGCUUGAACAUGACUAGUGGUCAAAUGCUGCAGGAAGGCUCAAUUGUUUCUAGGAAUGAAGGUUAUGCGGAAAUCAGUCCCUCCACAGAUAAUGUCUUACUCAGGAAUCAAACUGAUGUCAACAAUAGUCUAGAAGUGAUUGAGGCUGAAGCAGACAAGCACACAACACCAGGUUCUGUUGUGGUUGAUCAUGCUGGUGAAGUUGAAGGGAUUUAUGUUGAAAAGAAUCUGGAAUCUUUUGGAAAUGGAGAAAUGAAUUUGAUUAGUCCUCCAAUUGCAUACUUAGAAGACAAUAAGCAGCAUAUAGAUGCAUCCAACAGAAGUUACAAAAGUAAUAAUGAAGACGGAUCUUCAAAAGCUGGAGAAGUUGGUCCUUCAGAUUCCUGUGUAUCAGGGAGAUGCAUAGAUCAUAUUCAAUCAAAGUUAGCAAUACAAGUGAAGGAUCCGUCAUCAAGCAAGUCGAGAAGCAUCGAGAGUAACCAUGCAGAAACUGAAAAAAGUGGAUGCUUGCAGGGUAAUUUAACUGCAGAAAUUGAAGAUGAUGAAUUUUCUGUGUCUCAUCUAUUUGGUAGUGAAAGAAGUGCUACGAUCAACCUAGAAGAUGGAGGAAUAGGUUCAGGUGAAUUUUCAGCCAUGGAAUCUGAUGAGCGAGACAUAGAUAAAGAAUCCUUGGUUGUAUCCCCCAUGACCACCUGUGUAGAGUUACCUAGUAUUUGUAUACAGAGAGACGUUGAGGCUGAUCAUACAGCUAAAACUGAUGAUGUUGGGUCCCCUAACUCUCACAACAGAAAAUGUAAUGAAGACAAGGAAGUUAUCAUUUCUGAUAUUCUUUGUGUUGAAAGAAGAGAUACGAUCUUGCCACAAGAUGGUGACAUCAUUUGCAAUGAAAUGUCCAUUGGGGAAUCUGUUGAUAAAGGACAUGAAAAUGAGUUGAGUGGCUGUGAAGCCAAGGCAGAUCAAAUAGCUGAAGGAGAUGAACCCUGUCUCUGUAAGGAUAAUCAAUCAGAACCAGCUGAAAAUAAUGACGGAGGGUGCUUAGAAAACAACAAGUACGAAAGAGAUGACGGCUUUGAGUUUCGUCUUUCUACUUUAUUUGACAGUGGAAAAAUUGUUAGGGAUACACCACAAGCUAGGGGGAUCAUGCCUGUUGAACAAGUGGUCUUAGAUGAAGUUCCUGUAGCAUCAACCACGAUGAACGAAGUUAAAAUCAAUUCUGGUUGCUUGAGUUUAAAGGAAAUAGAUCCGCAACCAAUCAGUUCUUCUCUAUCUCUAGGUAGCGGGCAAAUAAUAUCUGAACCGUGUGAAAUCAUUGACAAAGAAGCUGAUUGUGCUCUGGUUUUGGAGGAAGGUGUAUGUUCUCUUGGAAAUAAUAUAUGUGGUGAUGAAUUGUUGGUGCAUGAGAAGAGUAUAUGUGAUAGGAACCCUGAAAUAGGCAGUCCACCGGAUGCGCAUACCAUGGAAUAUAUACCUAAAAUAGAAGAGCAACUAAAAGGUCUACCGGUUGUGCCUACUGCUAUUAAUGAAACAAAUGAAGAUGCAGUCAAUGAUGAGAUUUUUGGAUACACUAAAGAUGUGGCUGCAGAUGCAUGUGUUGCCAAUGAUGGUACUGCUAGCAAACUAUUGGCUGAAAGUGUGUGUGAAAUGGAAUUUCAUCACGCGGAGAAUACAGCUAAAACUGAUUAUGGUGGCUCCCCUAACUCUCACAACAAAAAAUGUGAUGAAGAAUUUGUCAUUUCUGAUAUUCUUGGUGUUGAAAGAAAAGAUAUGAUCUUGCCACAAGAUGGGGAUAUCAUUUAUGAUGAAAUGUCCAUUGAGGAUUCUGAUGAUAAAGGACUCGAAAUUGAGUUGAUCGGUUGUGAGGCUGAGGCAGAUCAAAUAGCUGAAGGAGAUGAACCCUGUGUCUGUAAGGAUAAUCAGUCUGAACCAUCUGAAAACAGAAGGUGCUUAGCAAACAACAAGUACGAAAGAGAUGACAACUGGGAGUUUGGUCUUUCUAGUUUAUUUGACAGUGGAAAAAAUGUUACGGAUACACCACAAGCUAGGGGGAUAAUGUUUGUUGAACGAAUGGUUUUAGAUGAAGUUCCUGCAGCAUCAACCACGAUUGACGAAGUUAAAAUCAAUUCUGGUAGCUUGAGUUUAAAGGAAAUAGGUCCGCAACCAAUCAGUUCUUCUGUAUCUCCAGGUAGCGGGCAAAUAAUUUCUGAACCGUGUGAAAUCAUUGACAAAGAAUCUGAUUGUGCUUUGAUUUUGGAGAAAGGUGUAUGUUCUUUUGGAAAUAAUAUAUGUGGAGAUGAAAUGUCGGUGCAUGAGAAGAGUGUAUGUGAUACGAACCCUGCAAUUGUCGGUCCACGGGAUGCGCAUACAAAGGAAUAUAUGCCUAAAAGAGAACAGCAACUAAAAAGUCUACCAGUCGUGCCUACUGCUAUUAAUGAAACAAAUGAAGGCGAUGCACGUGUUGCCAAUGAUGCUACUCCUAGCAAACUAUUGGCUGAAAGUGUUAGUGAACUGGAAUUUCAUCAGGCGGAGAAUACUGAACAACAGUCCGAGAACCUGCACGAAAAUCAUACGAUUUCAGAUGUUGGUGAAAAACCAAGUGAUGUGGUAUCCACCAGCCAAAGAUGGGCAGGUUAG